CACAUAGAACUUUUGACAUAAACGAUGGACUGCCCAAAGGUAAGACAGAGACUCCAUCCAGCUGAAUCCGAGAGGCAGUGUUUAUUGUAUCAUCCUGAACUCUUAGUCAAGAUGGACAAUCAAAAGCGGGAGACACUUUCCACUCUAGUAGAGGAGCUGACCACCUCAGGACAACCCCAACUUGAUUCUUCUAAAAUGAAGCAGCUGAAACAAAUAUGCAAAUCUUCUAAUGAAUAUAUUGAUCAUAUCUACCACUUAAUCAUGACCCAGUUAAAUAUGGCUCAGUUUUUGUAUUAA